AUGUCUUCACCAACUACUUCUCAACCAGCGUUGGCUGAAACCUCUGCUAUGCCCAAAAGAUUACCCCCUUCCCCUGGCAUUUCUGCGGACGACCCGCUUGCUUCCCAUCUCUCAUCCCUCCUUCCUGCUAUCCUCUCCCUAAAACUCUACCACAUCUCCACUCCGCCUUCCCGCCAUUUCCCCCUCUUCAGCUCACCGCCGGGCCGAGAUCCGCACCGCACGACCCUCGAAUCGCACUUCCUUGUACUGUCCCACGAAAACGUCCUGGUCUUCGCGAUAGAGGUCCUAAUCUACACCAUCCCCAGGCAACACACCCGCACCUUCUUCGUCUCGAAAGCCGAUAGCAGCGGCUACCUUCCUUCAAAUGUCUCCUCGUUUACCACCGAAGCGGGGGAGCGAAAGUCUACCUUGCGUACCAUUUCGACGGCUUUCAUUAAAUACCUUUUCGACACCGCGAGGAGGGCGGAUCCGCACUUGACGGCUACGAUAUCCCUCUUUGCGAGGAGCCAGUCGCAAUACUUGUUUCCGAACUCGGCGGAGAAUGAUAGGAAGCAUGUUCUGACGGACCAAGGGUUGAUUGCCUGGUGGGGGAAGGUGCUUGAUCCUGUCUUACAGGAGUAUGCGUCGAGCGGCGGAAAGGGCUACUUGCUCGUUCCCGGAUUUGAUGCCGGACAGACUCGGUCCAUGAUCCCUGGUGUCGCUGACGGUGGGGUGAAGUGGACCAACGGACACCCGUUCAAGUUGAAUCUCGACAACGACGUUUCCGUUCGAGAGGUGAUACCUCACUUCCCGGAUGAUCCCAAGGCAAGGUAUUUGGAUGAGUUGAAUGGUGUGGCUGGAUCUAAGGAUUCUGGAAUUGGUGGAGGUGGGAAGGUUAAGGAGCGCGCGGCAGGUUGGAGAGACAUCAAAACUAUUGAGCAGUUCUGGGAGUUGAUGAGUUUUCGUCAGGAGUGCUCGCUUGGUCGGUGUGUCGGGUUCUUGUGGCUUGUCGUUGAGGGGAUCAAGAAGGAGCGGAGGAUGACUUGUGCUGGGCUGGGCGGGGAAGGAGUUCCGGAAGAUGAAGUUGUGCUUUCACCGACCUCCGCUACUGGCUUGACCUUCUCGGAGAACAUCCUCGGCAUGGCUGCUACCGCCAGCAGCGGCAGCAGUAGCAGCCAGGAGAUGUCACCAAUCGAGAGUAUUGGCCCCCUUGACUCCAUUACCACCUCACUGCCCCCACCAAUGGAUACACCGACCCCAGCGCCAACCCCUCCCUCCCAACCCUCCUCCCCACGAAAACGCCGCACUUCCUCUACCGCCUCCUUCCAAACUUCAAAAAAGAAGCUGCGAGCGUUAAGCUUUUCAUCCACUACUACCACUUCCACCGCUACACCACUUAUCCCUUCGCUCCUAACCCUCGAUGAAAAAGCGUACGCAAAGACUAUUGAUAGCUUGCUAAACCACUCUGAUUUCGGCGAUAUAGUGAGUGCAAAGAGGGGGAGUAGAAAGUGGAUUGAGAGUGUGCAGCCUGGCGCUGCGGAGAAGGGGGAUUGGGGAGUUGGUAUCGUCGGGCAGGUGAAGGCGAUAGAGAAUGCUAAGGAGGAGAAUGGGCAAGGGGCUGGGACCAGGAAUGUAGCGGUGAAUACACUCUCCGCGGGGCUGGUUAGGAGAAAAAGCAGCACACCGAGCAACGGCGUGAACCUCCUCGGCGCUGGACUAGUGAGGAAGAAGUCGAAAGUUGCGGAGGACGGGAAAUUACCGGGCGUGAGCGAGGAGCAGAAGCAGAAUGGCGUGAACAUGCUCCCGACAAAUCUUGUCCGGAAGAAGCCGAAGGUUGGUGAAUGA